UCUAUGGUUGGAGGACCCAGCGUCAGAGUCAGAAGAAGAAGCUCUCUCUCUCUCUCUCUCUCUCUUUUUUCUUCCUGCCAGCCUCUGAGGAGGGUCCCAGGUAAAGGCUGGGAUGAAGGCAGGGGAGAGAAUAAGGAAGUACUCAGAGGUCCUAGAAGGUCCUGCCUGGUCUCCAAACACAGGAAUAAAGGAGAGUCUUUGCUGACUUCUUCUAUAAUUGGAAAGAAACUGCAGGAAAGAUGGUCUUGCAACAGCUGACCUUUGGAGAAGUGGCUGUGUAUUUCACAGAGGAGGAAUGGAACCUCCUGGAUUGGAACCAAAGAUCUUUGUACGAGGCUGUCAUGAUGGAAAACUAUGAUAAUGUGUCCUACCUGGGAGACAACUGGAGGAAAACAAAUGUAUCCAUGAAAUAUGAGAAGUGUUUUAGGCACAAAAUGGGUCUUGCCAAAAACUGCAUUAAAGAGAGAGACAAUGCUGCCAAGGAUCUGUACAGAUGUACUUUAUGUGGGAAAUGUUUUGCUCAAAAGCUGGAACUUCAUCAUCACAAGAUAGCGCACACUGGAAAGAAGCAUUUCAAAUGUGAAAUGUCAGGAAAACAUAUUACUAGAGACUUGUACUUUGGUAAGUACCAGAGAGUACAAAUACGAGAGAGGACAUUUAGAUGUCAAGAGUACAGAAAUUGUUUUGCAGAUAUUUCACAACUUGUGAGUUCCACAAGAGCCCAAAUGAGAAAGAAACCAUACAAAUGCCAGCAGUGUGUGAAAUGUUUUGCUCACAAGUCAUGCCUGUUGAGACAUCAGAGAAUCCAUAUAAGAUAUAAAUCACACAAAUGCCAGCAGUGUGGGAGAUGUUUUAUUCACAAGUCAGUCCUGCUGAGGCAUCAGAGAGUCCACAAAGGAGGAAAACUACCCAAACAAUGUGUUGCCCUCAAGUCAGAUGUUGUGACUCAGUGCAUCCAAACAGGACAAAAUCCAUACAAGUGCCAGCAAUGUGGAAAAUGUUUUGCUAACAAGGCCAACCUUGGGAAGCAUCAGAUAAUUCACACAGGAGAGAAACCAUACAAGUGCCAGCAAUGUGGGAAAUGUUUUGCUUACAAGUCAAACCUUGUAACUCAUCAGAGGAUCCACACAGGAGAGAAGCCAUACAGAUGCCAGCAGUGUGGGAAAUGUUGUGCACAGAAGUCAGCCCUUGUAACUCAUCAGAGGGUCCACAAAGGAGAGAAACCAUAUAAGUGCCAGCAGUGUGGAAAAUGUUUUGCUUACAAGUCAGCCGUUGUGACUCAUCAGAAAAUCCACACAGGAGAGAAACCACACACAUGCCCACAGUGUGGGAAAUGUUUUACUCAGAAGUCAGUCCUUCUGAAUCAUCAGAGAAUCCACACAGGAGAGAAACCAUUCAAAUGCCAGCAGUGUGGGAAAUGUUUUGCUCAGACAUCAUAUCUUGAUAGGCACUUGAGAGUCCACACAGGAGAGAAGCCAUACAGAUGCCAGCAAUGUGGGAAAUGUUUUGCUCAGAAUUCAGCUGUUGUGACUCAUCAGAGAGUCCAUGAAGGAGAGAAACCAUACAAGUGCCAGCAGUGUGGGAAAUGUUUUGCUUACAAGUCAAACCUUUUGAUCCAUCAGAGAAUCCACACAGGAGACAAACCAUACAGAUGUGAGCAAUGUGGAAAAUGCUUUGUUCGCAAGUCACAACUUGAGAGUCAUCUGAGAGUCCACACAGGAGAGAAGCCAUUCAAAUGUCAGCAGUGCGGGAAAUGUUUUGCUCGAGAUUCAAAUCUUUUGAGGCAUCAGAAUGUCCAUACUAGAGAGAAAGCACUAAUGUGAAAGAAGCUUUGUGUGGUGAGUCCAUACUUCUAGAUUCUGUCUUGUAAACUAUUAUAACCCCUUUGAUGUUAUUUUUGUUCCAAAGCCUGUGAUUGUAAAGUUUUAUAUGAUCAUUCAAUAAAAUUUUGAAUUAUUUGGCGUUUUCUUAAUAACCCAUCCAAAGUCUAUGAAACACAUAAUCAAUUAUGGAGCAUCAGUAUUUUUAUGAACGAGGUACCCCCAAAUUCAGCUGGCUGUGACCAUGAAGGUAAAUUGUACAGUGGGGCCCCCUUAUCCAUGGCUUGCCACCUGCAGAUUCCAGCAUCUGUGGAUGGCAAGCCCCCCAUUGUCCCCAAUGAUGGCAUAGCACCACCUUGCACUCACGUCAGAGCGUUUAUAUGCAGGUGUGAAGAUGCGCAUCUUCUGCCUUGAGUCAAACUAUCCUGGGUUCUUUUGCUCUGAUUUUUAGCCCCAGAGCACGGCUUCAGUCUGGUUUCUGCCUGCUUUGGAGGCAUGCGUCAUCGAAACGCCUUGCCUUCAGAGCAGUUGGAAACCACUUAAUUUGGCUCAUCCAUUCCACCCUGUAGUUAUUACUGUCUGUGGUUACAAAUUGAUAUUUUCAAUCCUAGAUUACAGAAUCAUAGAGCUGGAAGAGACCAUAAGGGCCAUCCAGUCCAACCCCAUUCUGCCAUGCAGGAACUCUGAAUCA